UCUCACUGUCACUUUAACUAUUUAGUCUCACGUCAGUCUCACUCUUGGGCACAUAAACAAAGGACGUAAACAAGAGGACAAAAAUAAUAAUAAUAAUUUAUUUUUAAUACCGUACAGUCAAAUUAUUAUCCUUGUUUUCCUUGCUAACGACGGCCAGCGAUGGAUGCGGACAAUCCAGCUGGCGACGAAGCCAAAGCCAAAAUGACUCGGGACGAGUAUUUUGCGGCACUAGAGAAGUGGUUGCAGGACGCAUACAUGUGGCAAUGCAUGAAUGCGUGGUUUCCUUACAUGCUGAUGAACCAGCAGCAGCAGAGGGUUGCCCCGUCUGCCCCCACAACAGCUGGAGCCGUGCCCUUCCCCUGGCCCACCGGCUUUCAAGGCCUGCUGAACGUCAACAACACACCGCAGGGCAACGUCACAAAUCAGCAGACCCUGCCUGGUAUUGAAUGCCAGAUCCCUCCUCUGUGGAAGAGGUUUGCUGCUGAAUUUCUGGACUUCUUGAUCUUGUUUUCCCUCAAAAUGGUUGUUACCCUGGUCGCUGUUGAUUUGUUUGAGUUGAUAGACAUAGAGCAGUACGACUUCAUGAGACUUCUGGACACUCAAAACAAAAUGGACUACAACACGGCGUUAAAAAUGACCACUGAAAUCCUAGUCCUCGAGACCAUACACAGGAUUGUGGUCUGUAUGUAUGAGGGCUUUUGGUUGGCACAAGGAGGCGUUGGUGUUGGCCGAAUUGGAGGAGCGACUCCGGGGAAAAACAUAAUGGGUCUCUGUGUGGUCAACUGCUCCUCUGUCACAACUGUUCCAGGCCGCACGACUGUUUUUGUCAACCCUGCUACAAGACUGAACCUGGGGAUAGCCGUCGCCCGUUCGAUAAUUAAGAACUUUGUUCUGGCAUUUUUCUUCCCCAUCUGCUUCACUUCCCUAGUAUUUCAACACAACCGGGCUAUCCAUGACACGCUGUGCAAAACCAUUGUUGUGGAGGAUCCAGCACCAAGACGCCGCAUCUUCUAAAAUCUUCUGUUGGUAAUUAAUUCCUAUCGCCUAUUAGUUCUUGUGAUAUCCUUAAGUUUAAAUAAAAUGAAUUAACUUGA